AUGGAUAUCAAAACAGUGCUCCAAGAUCUUCGUGAAGAAGUGUCAUGUCCUUUGUGCACUAGCAUAUACACGGAUCCAAAACAGCUUCAAUGUUUACACAAUUUCUGUCUGCAAUGCUUGAAGCAGUGGCACGGAACAAGCCGUGGCCAAGACACAAUCAAAUGUCCGAAAUGUCAAGCACUAAACAAACUGCCGGAAAGUGGUGAUUUGAAAGAUCUACCGACCAGUUUUUACCUGAACGGCCUGAUUGAUGUGUUUGCCAUUAAAGAAUGUAAAAAAAGCCGAGUACCGUGUGGAAAUUGUGAAAAUAAAAGCUCUAAGACAUCUUAUUGUUUCCAAUGUUGCAUAUUUUUUUGCAAAGAAUGCGUCAUUGGACACAACAGCAUGCAAAUCAACAAAGAUCACCGCGUUCUGGCGCUUAAAGAUUUUAAAGAAAAGGACUUUGAGGAUGUGAUUAAACGACCCAUGUACUGCUCGAAACAGUGGCAUGAGAAAGAAGAACUGAAAUACUUCUGCAAGAAUUGUACUACGGCAGCUUGCCAAAGCUGUUCCUUGAUAGAUCAUGCGGGUCACGCCCUAGUGCACCUUGACGAAGAAGCUGAAAAACAAAAGAUGGAAAUGAAAUCACUGAUAGAAACAAAGAUGAGUGAUUUACAAAAAAAACUAAAUAUUUUAGGACAACUCGACAAGGAUUACGCAAAAGUGAUACAAAGAGGAGAAGACUUGAAGCGAGAAGUACAGGAGUUUGUGGACAAUUUGCUUGAAACUGUUGAAGCGAAGAAACAAGCCAUUUUUGAAGCAGUGGAGAGAGAAACGAGAAAAUCGCUCGAAAUUAUUAUGGGGCAAAAGACGGAGUUCGAACGUCAAAUUGAGUUAAUCGAAUCAUCGUUGGAGAAAGCUAAUAAAUUGAUGAUACGAAGCACAAACGCCGAAGUCGUUCGACUAAUAAAAUCACUGAAGACAAUAUUUCAGCGGGAUGAUCGAGAGCAACGGGUGGUCCACCCCCUUAACAAGCCUCCUUUGCCAGCUUUUGUGAAAAAUCAAGAGCUGUUGAACUCUUUUGAGGGCGAAGGAAUUGGAUCUUUGCGAGUAAGACACCAAACAAAAGCAAGUCAGUCGGUUACUGUGGGUAAAGGGCUUGAAGAAGAAACUGCUAACCAUAUAGCGCAGUUUACUUUGAUUACAAGAGACGCCGAAGGAAGACAGUGUUACAAUGAACAUGAUCACGUAACGGUGGAGAUCAUGGACGAACAAGGACGAGAAUGCAUGACGGAAGUGCAAAUAAAUGACAAUAAAGAUGGACUCUAUCAGAUCAGCUGUUCUCCCAGAGAUUUAGAAAGGUUUAAAGUAACAGUAAAGGUAAACGGAGAACAUGUUGAAAACGGCCCCUUUACUAAAAUAGAAAAACGAUUUCAGUUCAAAGCUGUGUCGUCUUUCGGCGAAGAAGGUUCUUCCGUAGGAAAGUGUAGUUCUCCUUGGGGGGUAGCAGUUAAUUCCAGGGAUGAAAUAGCUGUAACUGAUUUUAACAACCACAGAGUUCAAAUUUUUGAUAAGAAUGGAAAUUACUUAAAGUCAUUUGGUAGGGAAGGUGACAAGGUGGGAGGGUUUAAAUAUCCGAUAGGAAUAGCAUUUCAUAAUAAUGGUAAUAUUCUCGUGGUAGACCAUGGUAACCACAGAAUCAGGAUUUAUAAUGAGACGGGUCAGUACGUGAGCAGUUUUGGUGAGAAAGGAAUCCGUGAUAGUCAGCUUAAUUCUCCUAUGGGCUUAUCGGUAGACAGUGAUGGAAACAUUAUUGUUGCUGAUACAGGCAACAAAAUAAUUAAGGUCUUUUCUUCUAAUGGCACGUUUUUAAUGAAGAUAGGUGGACAAGGGGCUUUUACUUGUCCUAUCCACUGUGUCCAGUACAAAACAUAUCUCAUAGUGUCGGACCAAAAUGAACAUUGUAUUAAAGUUUAUGACAGGAAUGGAAACUUUAAGUACAAGUUUGGAAAGAGGGGUGGAGGGGAUGGGGAGUUAAAUCAUCCCGCAUUUUUGUCUGUGAACAAGUCAGGACACCUGAUGGUAUGUGACGCAAAUAAUAACAGGGUACAGGAGUUUGAACCGAAUGGAAGAUUUUUCAGUAAGUUUGGAACUAUAGGUGGCGAUUUAGGAGAAUUCAAUCAUCCAACUUCUUCAGCGGUUCUUGCUACUGGGCAAAUUGUUAUCGCUGAUAUGGGUAACAAUCGCAUUCAGAUAUUUGAGUAAACUAUAAUAUUUAUAAAAAAUAGGCAUGCGUAGCAGGGAAGAGUUUUUUGUUUGGCUGGGAAGGUUGAGAUAGGACACUUUGUGUACCUAGUGUUUUUAUUUCUGUAACAGAAAAAGAGCAUAUUUUUGAAACGGACGAAAAUAUCGCAUUACUUCACUUUAAAAGAAAAAAAAACCUAAUGUAUUUGAACUCACACAGGUAUUUUGUGGUCUAUUAUCUCUAUUGUCUAAAUAUUCUAAGCAAAAAUAAAAUGAAUCGGUGCCACAAUUGCUGUUGUCUACUUCGCGGUAUUGGAGAUAGAGUGCGUUGCGUGACGAGACCAAAUAGCGGUUGCCAAAAGGCCCACGCUUACUGCCGUUCCUCUAACGGAGAGAACAUCAAAAUUAUUCGUCUACAGUUAGUUAUCUCAAAGAUAAAAUUCCUGAAAAUUUUACUACGGAAAGCAAACUGAAACUCUGUUUUAUCUCCAAUAGACCCUAACCAAAGAUAAAUUGCGAUUUAGACAUAAGUGAAGAUACAUUAAACAAGAGAAAAGGAUAAUAUUUCGAAGAGGGCUCGUUGAUUGUUGUUGCCUAUCUGGACUUUGCCCUCUGUGAAAUACGUGAUAAAAGGCAGGUUGUUUACAGGGAAUUAAUACGCGAUUGGGUCCAAGCCCAAGGUCGCUAGAAGCGAAUUGUAUUCGUAGAAAAAUACAAAACGCGAGAGAAUUGCGUGGAAAAUUCACUAUCAGUAGCAUUUAGUUCCAUGUGAAUCUAUCUCAGUAAGGUUGGACAAUGCGGAUAGAAAACAUAAUAAAAUGCAGGUUUUUUUUGCAAGGAAAUGACACGUAGUAGGGCGAAGGCUGAUGUGGCAAAAUGGAAUUUGAUAAGGGGAAUACAAAUUGCGUAAUGUCUAUGUAGUGAAAUGAUCGGGUAUGUUCUGAUUGGACUUCGGACGUUGUUUUCAAGGAACGUAAUGGAAUGUAAGUUGUUUGGCGUGUGCGUUGUGAGUUAAGGAGCCAAAAAAACACGCUGGAAGAUAUCCAAAUGCUGUGAUAUGAUUGGUGCGAGAUACAUACCCUAAUGCAGCAAUCUGAUUGGCGCGAGAUACGCACUCUAUAAAAAACAAAUAUAUACUAUAUAAACAAAGCCAGAAUUUUUCAUUGCAACCCAUAGAUUACAUCAAAACAACGAAAAAUAGAUGGUAAAAACCUCCAUCCUUUAGUGUCUUAAUUGGUUUCUAUAUCCAGCCCUUACAUCGUAAAAAAAAAAUGGUAAAACGUAACCAAGCUCUAUAUAAAAAAAAAACACCAAACAAGGGAAAGAAUUCUCUUGAAAAAGAAUACAGAUGGCCGGACAUGACGAACAUUAACACAGAUUCUGAACGACAAACCUCGAAAACUUAGUUGAAAGAUGAAUGAGCAAUAAUAUCACUCCCUUUACAUUUAGUGGUUUUGAUUCUUACCUGCCAAUUUCAAUAAGAGAUGCUAACUAACGCAAAGUGUUGAAAGUCUCUGCAAACCUCCAGGGCCACCCUGAGAUUGCAGCAAUUGGUUAGAAGUAUCCUCAAUUAUGGCGUGAGUGGCGGCUCUGGGCCAGCAGCGAAAAAAGGCUCUUAAAUCCACGAUAGUUAUCUCCCAGCCUUGGGUUUUCGCAAUUUUUUCCGUUACACUGCGUCACCUCUGCCUUAAUCCGUACAUCUGCCUUUGCACGAUGACUCUGAGCGCAUCGGGAUUUUCUAGUUUGUUCAAACACUCAACAAUUUUAAUAACAGUGUUCUUGCACCGCGUCAGCAGGAUGGAAAAUUGUCUCAUACCUCACCAUCCUCAACCUUGAUUGCUGGUCCAGUUGACAACUUUUCCACGUAGUAACUAGCUAUCUCAAAGCUUAACUCAUAUAGUUCCUGUAGUAGGACACCUACUGUCCGAUGGCCAAUUUCCUUCUUACUGAGAGGCAGCUGUUCACCAGCUUUGUACUUUAACAGAGGUAUACAGCAAAAGGAAGUAAAGUUGAGUGUUCUGACCCGCAAUUUUCUUGACUAUUGAAUUCUCGAGCGCUCUAAUGAACGCCCAGUAUUCGACUGCGUUUCCACUGAUGCCAAAAUCAUUUGGCUUAGCAAGAGUUAGCACCAUUGUGAUGUCGGUGGAUCAAAGCUUGCAGUCUUGGUUGUUUAAGAACUGAGCUUUUCACAAUUGCUGAGUUAGUGCGUCAUUCCGUGUAGGAUCUGCGCAAAAAGAACCAUAAACAAACCCAUAACACUCUGAUUUCACAACGGUUGGAGGAAAGGUGGGUAAUUUUGCAAUCAGCGAGUUACAGUGAAGCGGAGCAACUGCAUUUGCAUCUGAUCUGGAAAAGCCUGUAGCACCCGGAAAAUUAGGCGGGGUUAAAUUUUUCUCUGCGGCACUUUCUUGUUGAGCGCCUUCGUCUGUAUUGCCUUUGUCAUUUGGCAAAGCAUCGGUAGUUAGGUGUCGCUGCACCUUAAAUCUGAAUGAAACAGUAUUGUUACAUUCGGCUGCCGAAUCUUCAAAAGUGUUUCCGGCUACGAUGUACACACGUUCUUCAGCUUGGGCUUUAGCGAUUUCUAUUUUGAGCUCUGAAGCUCUUUUUUUUAACUUUAGGAACGAGAUCUUCCAUCUGUAACGCUUGACGAUUUUCCAGGCUUGUGGCCUCUACUUCUCUUCUUAGAGCUCGCAGAGGUGAUUUAUAAUGGUAAUAGGACCAAGUGGAGUCCAAUCUGGUCUGUAAUCAUGAGAGUUAUUUACAAAAUCGGACGACUGCAAAGCGGGAGUCUGAUUUGUCAAUCACGAGUCCUGUUACCAAUUUAUUAUAACCGUUACAACUUCGAAAAAAAAAAUUUAGGACAAACAUCUCCGGUAGAAAGAAAGUCUCCAGCAAAAUAUUUCCUCCAUUUUGGAAAUUCCCCAUUUAAUUUCAGGAUUAUUGGUUGUUGCUAUGGUUAUUAAUUCUGUGAUUGGUGGAUUUAGCUGAUAUAUGAUUGGCUGCUUCAACUGUUCGACUACAGGUGUCCAAUAACAGUCAACUGUCCGACUACGCUGCCUGAUUACAACUGUACAGAAUGAUUAGUGUAUAAUAAAGCCGCAAACGCAACAAUCACGUUGAGGAAAUUGUAAUGGUUAUGAUUAGUCCAAUAAUAAUAUACAUGCAAAAAUUUCAGCUUGUUUAUUGGCCCUGCUCAUUGCUCAAACAUAAGGAUCCGACUACUGGCGACUCAUUCAUUACAGCGAUAGAAAUACUGAUCUGCUGAUUGCGAUAUGACAAACUUAUUAUGCCAUAACCAUUAAAUAACCGAGCAUAAACCAAAACAAAGCAUUAAUACAAAGUAAACAGAUAAAAUGUUUCGACACUAAAAGAAGGUAUCAGCUUGCAAAAUCCUUCCCAAAGAUAUACAUUUCCUUUCUCCUGUUAAAUGUUAAUGAAUUUUUUUCGUUAGUGCAGUCCACUUAAUUUAUUGUCAAAGAAAGACACGAAGACAAAAUCACUGCUGAUCAAUUCACAUGCACGCUUCAAUUAAUGUAAGACACGAGCCUCAAAAACGGGUCAAAGAGCAAGGUCGCCUGAAUAAAUCUCAGCUUGCCAAUUUAAGAUCUUCUUUUUGACAAAUAAGUUCAAACGAAACGAUGGUGGAAUGCAAUCGUCGGCACAGUCCUUGGCAACUAGUUCCUGUCUUUCAAAAUACGAUGGAUAUUGGAUUAAGGAGACAACAAAAUUUGCUACCGGAGCGUCGAAGCAAUGUAUGAAAUCUGGCCCUAGAAACUUUCCUUCGUUGGAAGGCAUCGUAGGAAAGAAAUUACAUCUAAACAAAAGGCCUUCCUUUAGUAAACAUUAGCGGGCUUCAAUGGCAAAUGUGCUUCUUUAACCGAAACUUUCAAGGAAAUAGCUUGACUAGUAACGAUCAAUUCUGCGGAUCCAUACUUGUUAAAGAAGUUCUGUGGAUUAUUUUACAUUUUUUAGCUGUUUGAGAAGAUUUCUGCGUUUGAAAUAUCACUCCUUUUGAUCUUGUAAGGCAAACAUUUUUUUUUUAAUAUGGACACAGCCGAAAACUUCUCUGAAGUACUACUAUUUAUACUUCUGUCAAAUUUUACAAUAAAGUGAUAGAUAUUUUGGCAUUUGACAAAUCAGUGAGUAUUGUGAAACUGGCGCGUUUUUAAUAAAAAAAAAAAUGAAAAAGACGACAGGCUGUCGAUCUGAUGUAUUUGUCGAUGCAAGAAUAAACAUGAACGUGAGAUAGAAAUUAUUACUUGUGCUUUUCAUUCCUUAUAACUGAAGAAUUCUCAACGUGACUUUUUCAUCAUCGUAAAUUGAUGACUGGUGAGUUCAUUUGGUGACAUCGAAUCGAUUUAAGGCGAUGUGAAAUUCCAUUGCGAGGAAAAUAUAAUCAUGAUAUGAUCAUUUCAAGAUCAAAAACAAUGUUUUAAGUUUUGAAUUCAGUUCAAAUUUGACUUUUGUCGUCAGUGCGACCAGUCUAGUAGUGUGUUACAGUUAGAGUUAUUAACUUUGUUUUUUGCUAACUGCUCGAAAGUACUUCGUGCUUAAAGGGAAAAAAGGGGAAAAUGAGCAUUGAGUUCCCACUACAGAUAACAUUUUGUUGCGUAUUUAGGCGAGACCUGCCGUGAAUAAAUUGUUUUCGAUCGGGGAACCUGCCGUAAAUGAUUCGUUUUACGGGGGCGAACGCCAGAGACCAUGUGCAAAAACAACGCUGCAUGAAUUUGUUUGUUACUACCUUAUGAUACCAGCUUUUCCUUCGAUUACAUUACGAAAAAAAUUAAUUAAAGAUCACAAGGCCUUUUUCUGUUGCAAUUACUGUUCUCUUUGGAAAUAGGAGUGAAAAGGAUCUUCUCGAUAUUACUUCGAUAGAGUUCGAGUGAAAAAAACUUAUUAUAACGGAAAAUAUUUGGGUAACUUUUCUAACGCAUAAGCAGUUAUCAAAAUUAAAACCCAGGCAUGACAAAUAUCGUUCUUCUGACGGACGGUCUGACCUAUUAUUUUUAUUUUAUUUUAUUUUUUGGUUUUUUUUUCGGUUUUUUGUUAUUUUAAAGGAGUCAUUAAAAAGUUAUUUUUUCAAAUACAGAAAAGAAAAAAAAAUUUCUAGCUUCAUUUGAAUGCUGCGGAAAUUCAUUAUUAUUUUAACCUGCUCAAUUUAAUAAAAUGUUCUUAGAUAGCUAUUGUUAUCAAAGUUAUAUUUCGCUGUUUAUUUUUGAAGGUUAAAAAAUAGUAGAAUUACCCUCGUCAUGUUUCUGCCGGAAUCAACCCGACUGCCCCAGUUUUAGAGACGACUGCAACGAUUCCACGAUCGAAAAGACAAACACAAUCUGAAACCAGACGAGUUCGGUUUCGUUACCAGAAAUCAAUGUCUUUAUGCGUUUUUUUUGUCAUGAUCAUUCACGUCAAAGACAGCCGAAGACAGUCGAAGACAGCCGAAGACAGUCGAAAAUACUCAUAGUAGCGAAGCCUUUCGAAAACGAUUUCAAAAUUAAGGUCGCAUUUAGACGAUACAUUGUCUUUAAAAGGGUCCGUUUUUUGAGUAGAAAAUUGAAAACUGAGGCUUUUGAAAACGUUGACGAGAGGUGCAUCACAUACUGCCGCUUUGAUCAUUGAUUUCGAGUUUUUCGAUGGUGGGGAAAGUUUCGGAUGUUACUAAAGGCAGGAAUGUGGAAUGUGGAAUGUAGAGUGUGGAAUGGAAAAUGAAGAAUGGGAAAUAUAGAAUGAGGAACUGGGAAUGCGGAAUGGAGAGUGGAAAAAAGAGUGGGGAAUGGAGAAAAGGAAGAGGUAAAUGGAGAAUGAAGAAAAAGGAAUAUGGAAUGAGGAAUGGAGAGUGGAGAGCAGAUUAUCAAAAGUGGAAAAUGUCGAGUGGAGAAUGAAGAAUGGAGAAUGAGAAAAGGAAAAUGAAAAAUUGAAAAACGGAAAAUGGAGGGUGGAGAAUGGAGAAUGGAGAAUGGGAGAAUAAAAUGGGAAAUUGAAAAUGGGAAAUUAAUGUUUUUUUUUAGAUUUUAUGUUUAUAACGCCGAUUAGCCUGCGAGCAUAAUUUCAUUAGCACGGUGACAUCAUCAGCGAGGCCCGCGAUUUUCGAGACGGCGAGGGAUGCGAGCGUGCGAGAGGUCUGUAAAGGUUCUCUUGCCAGGCCUUCUACACCGUCAGUCGCACAAUCACUUCUUAUCCCCUCACGAAUCUCUGGCUCUUAACCACCAGCGUCGACGGUGCAGCCAGUGAGAGGCUUCUCGUCGCUACGAGACCAAAACAACACAUGAUUGAUCGGCUAUAAUAGCUUUUCUCUUUAAAGUGGAUUACAAUCUAACAAAGCAUUAGCAUUUAAGAGAUAAUUUUGAAUACGCUUGUGCGCAGACUCGUAUCUUAGCCCAUUUAGCGCAUGGAGAAUGAUUUGACAUUUUCCUAAACAAGUCAAGAAAAGCUUGAAGUAUGUUUUUCGUGUUGUGCAUAAUUUUUGAGAACUAGCGUAUGGUUAGUCUGGAACGCAGACUAUGUUUAAGGUUAAUCGGCGUUUCAGUAAUGUCGAGGUCACAACACUGGAUAACAGAGUUUUAGAUAAAACAAAUAUUUUCCGUUACAUGAUUGGUUGAGUUAGCUAAAUCCAUGUUGAUAAAGGAUAAUUAGCAGCUAAUACAAAGGAAAGCUAAAAAUAAACUCCCAAGGCUCCAUUGUUUUAAGCCGAUUUCUGCCAAAUAGUUUCUCUCCUCUCUCACAUCUGACGAACAAAAUGGAUAUCACAACGUUGCUCCGAGAUCUUCGCGAAGAAGUGUCAUGUCCUGUUUGUACUAACAUCUACACGGAUCCAAAACAGCUCCAAUGUUUACACAGUUUCUGCCUGCAGUGCUUGAAGCAGUGGCACAGAACCAGCCAUGGCGGAGACACAAUAAGAUGUCCGAAAUGCCAAGCUCUCAACAAAGUGCCGGAAAGUGGCGAUAUGAAAGAUCUACCAACCAGUUUUUACCUGAACGGCCUGAUUGAUGUGUUAGCCAUUAAAGAAUGUAAAAACAGUCAAGUACCGUGUGGAAAUUGCAACAAGAAAAGCUCUGAGACAUUUUAUUGUUUCCAAUGUUGCACAUUUUUUUGCCAAGAAUGCGUCAUUGGACACAACAUCAUGCGAAGUAACAAAGAUCACCGCGUUCUGGCGCUCAAGGAUUUUCAAGAGAGGGACUUUGAGGAUGUAAUGAAACGACCCAUGUACUGCUCGAAGCAGCGGCACGAGAAAGAGGAACUGAAAUACUUCUGCACGAAUUGUACUACGGCAGCUUGCCAAAGCUGUGUCUUAAUAUCUCAUGUGGGUCACGCCAUAGUGCACCUCGACGAAGAAGCUGAAAAACAAAAGAUCCAAAUGAAAUCACUGAUAGAAACAAAGAAGAGUGAUUUACAAGCAAGAAUAAACAUUGUACGACAACUCGACGAGGACUACGAAAAAAUGAUACAAAGAGAAGAAGACUUAAAGCGAGAAAUACAGGAGUUUGUGGACAAUUUGUUUGCAACUGUUGAAGCGAAGAAACAAGCAAUAUACGAAGCAGUAGAGAGAGAGACGAGAAAAUCGCUCGAAAUUAUUGCAGGACGAAAAACGGAGAUCGAACGUCAAAUUGACUUAAUCGAAUCAUCGUUGGAGAAAGCUGAUAAACUGAUGAUACGAAGUACAAACGCCGAAGUCGUGCGACUGAUGAAAUCAUUAGAGACAAUAUUUCAGCGAAAUGAUCAAAACCAACUAGUGGACCUCGACCUGAAAAAGCCUCCUUCUUCAGCUUUUGUGGAGAAUCAAAAGCUGUUAAACACUAUUGAAGCCGAAGAAAUUGGAUCUUUGCGAGUGGUACACGACACAAAAGCAAGCCAGUCGUCCGUUGCUGAAGGAAAAGGACUUGAAGAAGGGAUUGUUAACCAUAUAGCGCAGUUUACUUUGACUGCAAGAGACGCGGAAGGAAGAUAUUGUCACAAUGAAGAUGAUCACGUAACGAUGGAGAUCAUGGACGAACAAGGACGAGAAUGCAUGACGGAAGUGCAAAUAGAGGACAAUAAAAAUGGACUCUAUCAGAUCAGCUGUUCUCCCAGAGGAAGGUUUAAAGUAACAGUAAAGGUAAACGGACAACAUGUUCAAAACAGCCCUUUUACUCUAAUAGGAAAACGAUACCAGUUCAGAGCUGUGUCGUCUUUCGGCGAAGAAGGUUCUUCUGUGGGAUUGUUUAGUUUUCCAUGGGGGAUAGCAGUGAAUGCCAGGGAUGAAAUAGCUGUAACUGAUUUUAACAACCACAGAGUACAAAUUUUUAACAAGAAUGGUAAUUACUUGAGAUCAUUCGGUAGGGAAGGUGACAAGGCGGGAGAAUUUAAAUAUCCGACUGGGUUAGCAUUUCAUGAUAAUGGGAAUAUUCUUGUGGUAGACCAGUGGAACCACAGAAUCCAGAUUUUUAGUGGGGAGGGUCAGUACGUGGGCAGUUUUGGUGGAAAAGGAAACCUCGAUAGUCAGCUCAAUUUUCCUCGAGGUUUAUCGGUAGACAGUGAUGGAAACAUUAUUGUUGCUGAUACAGAUAACAAAGUGAUUAAGAUCUUUUCUCCUGAUGGCACAUUUCUAAUGAAGAUAGGUGGACAGGGGGCUUUUACUUUUCCUGUCCACUGUGUCCAGUACGGUACAUACCUCAUAGUGUCAGACCAAAAUGAGCAUUGUAUUAAAGUUUAUGACAGGAAUGGGAACUUUCAGUACAAGUUUGGAGAGCACGGUGAAGGGGACGGGGAGUUUAAUCGUCCCAAAUGUUUGUCUAUGAACAAGACAGGACUCCUGAUGGUAUGUGACUCAUAUAAUUAUAGAAUACAAGUAUUUGAACUAAAUGGAAAGUUUCUCAGUAAUUUUGGAACUAGAGGUGGUAAUUUAGGCGAACUCAGUUGUCCAAUGUCUCUGGCGGUUCUUGCUUCAGGGGAAAUUGUUGUCGCUGAUAUGGUCAACAAUCGUAUUCAGAUAUUUGAGUAA